AUGGCGGUUGCCGCCCAGCAGCCUCCUCAGCCUGGCGGCAGGAAGCGCAGAGGCAAGGCUCAGUAUGUGCUGGCCAAGCGGGCUCGGAGCUGCGACUCUGGCGGACCCAGUCAGCUAUAGCCCAGGCUACGGGGCAUCCUCAUCACCUGCAACAUGAACCAGCGGAAGUGUGUGGAGGAGGUCUACACCCUGCUCAACGAAUAUGGCGACGACACGUAUGGGCUGGAAAAGUUUAUAGACAAGGAUCAGAAGGCCCCUGGAAGUGAGGGAGAUAAUGAUGUGCAGGCUGCCUUGAAGAAAGAAGUUGGUGACAUUAAGGCAUCUACAGAGAUGAGCCUAAGAAGAUUCCAGUUAGUGGAAAGUAGAGCAAAUAACAUUGUCUUCAUUAGGACACUCGGGAUAGAACCUGAUAUAUUGGUGCAUAAUAUUCUCCAGGAUGUGUACAAAACCAAGAAGACUCAAGUUAUUCUACGAAUGUUACCCAUCUCAGGCACAUGCAAAGCUUUUUUAGAAGAUAUGAAAAAACAUGCAGAAACAUUUUUGGAACCCUGGUUUAAAGUUCCAAGCAAAGGGAUGUUUCAGAUUGUGUACAAAUCUCAAAAUAGCAGUCAUGAGAGUCACAAGAAUAGAGAAGUUAUCAAAGAAUUGGGAGGAAAAGUGUGUACCCUCCAUUCAGAAAAUAAACUGGAUCUCACCAAUCCACAGUACAUGGUGGUAGUAGAAAUCAUCAAAGCUGUCUGUUGCCUGAGUGUCGUGAAAGAUUACAUGUUAAAAAGAAAAUUCAAUCUCCAGGAGGUGAUAACGAGCUCUAAGGAUCCAUCACAGCUUAACUCAAAGCAGGGAAAUGGGAAAGAAGGUAAACUGGAAGCUGCUGACAAAUCAGAUCAAAACAACACAGCAGAAGGGAAAAAUAACCAGCAGGUACCAGAGAAUACUGAGGUGCUGAGGCAGACAAAACCGUCUAAUCCACAGGUGGUAAAUGAGGGAGGAGCCAAACCCGAACUUGCAAGUCAAGCCACAGAAGGGUCCAAAUCAAAUGAAAAUGAUCUCUCACAGGAGGCCAUUUGGUGCUGGAGAGAAUUUGACAACUAG